CAUUCAAACCAGGAAAUUGUGACUUGUUCUUGUUCUUGUUCUCGAGCGGACGCCUGAGAAGAAGCGGAUGCUUCUGAACUCAUCUCAGAUGUCCUGUAUAUAAAUGUGGCUUCUUUUUCUUUUUCUUUUGCAAAGCGAGUGACAAGAUCAUCUCGUAAAAAUGGGUGAGGUGAGCAUGUGCCAGGCACGAGCAACUGUCAUGCUGUACGAUGAUGCAGGGAAGCGCUGGGUCCCUGCUGGCACUGGAGCUCAGGCUAUAAGCAGAGUACACAUCUACCAAAACCCCAAUACCAACACUUUCAGAGUGGUGGGUCGAAAGCUGCAGGCGGACCAACAGGUGGUCAUUAACUGCCCACUUGUGAAAGGUAUAAAGUACAAUCAGGCCACUCCAAAUUUCCACCAGUGGCGAGAUGCUCGGCAGGUCUGGGGCCUGAAUUUCAACAGUAAGGAAGAAGCUACACAGUUUGCUAGCUGCAUGAUGCAAGUACUAGAUAUGCUCACCGCUCCCGCUCGGCCUCCACCGAAUGGACCAAGUGUUGAAGAGCAGCAGAGGCUACUUCAGGAGCAGCAGGAGCGAGAGAGACUGGAGGCAGAGAGACAGGAACAGGAGAGACAGAGACAGGCAGCAGCUCCACCACCUGCACCUCCUGCUCCUCCUCCAGCUCCAGCUGCAGGUGGUCUUCCUCCUGGAGUUCCACCUCCACCUGGUCCUCCCCCAGCUCCCCCACCUCCACCAUCAGGUGGUGCUCCACCUGCCCCACCACCACCACCUUCAGGAGGAGGAGGCGGAGGAGGAGGUGGCUUUGGUGGAGCUGGAGGACUAGCAUCAGCUCUCGCUGGGGCUAAACUCCGCAAAGUGUCAAAGGAUGAGAGUGGUUCUGCUGCUCCAGCACCAAAAGAGAGCAGCCAGAGCUCUGGAGGAGGUGGAGGAGGAGGAGGAGGAGGCGGAGGAGGAGGCGCAGGGUUGAUGGGCGAGAUGAGUGCACUUCUCGCAAGAAGGCGCAAAGUUACAGAUACCCCGGUGGUAAAAAAGGAAGAGAACAAUGACAAUUCAGCCUCCUCAGAGAACAAAUCAGAAAGUCCGAGUGUUUGCAAGCCUUGGGAGAAGUCUGGCACCCUCCCACGAAGUAAUUCUGGCUCCAAGGGUCUGGAUAAAAGCUCGGCUCCAGCAUCAACUCCAAUAAACAGACAAAGGCCAGGCAGUAACGUGAGUGACACAGCUGCCAAAGAGGGCAUUGAUAUGGAGAAAUUUAAGCAGGAAAUCUUGGAGGAGGUACGCAAUGAACUGCAGAAGGUUAAGGAUGAAAUUAUUGCAGCAUUUAUAGAAGAGUUGCAGAGGAUCGGCGCCCCCUAGCGGUCGAAUGAUGAAACAGCUUUUGCUAUUAAAUCUAUAGUCGAAACAGUGUUGCACAUGCACCCAUUUAUGAAAAUUCUUGCGAAAUAGCAUUUUUUAAUUUUUUAUUUUCAGCUACCCAACUGCACUAUACUAAACAUUGAAGGAGAAUUAACAACGUGCAUCUUACUAAGGUGUUGAAUCACCACAAGAUGCACGAACACCUUCUACAAGUCUCGGGAACCGUACUUCAGGCUACUACACCAAAACUCAAACUAGUUUUUUUUUUUAUUCGUCACCCGAAGGUCAUUAAAGUGCAAAAUUUUAAGUUAAAACUUUUAUCCAAUUAGUGUUACAUACUGUGUAGGUCUGAAAUGAAGGAACGUCAACAGAAAUGUGGUUGAAUAUCAGCUUGCCGAUUGUUUUUCUGCCUCAGGGAUUAGCAGCUUUCUAAUAUGUGUACCUGUACACAUUUUAUUUUCAUAAUUUUCAAUUACAAAAUAAUUUGUUGCUCAUGCUACUGCUGUGGCUGAUUUUAGUGGUUUUAUGUUUGGUUUUAUGUUUAGUGGUUUUAUGUUUGCCUUUGUGUUUUGUUUGAGAAAAAAACGACAAGAUGUUUAAAAUGUGGGUUGUACUGAUUAACAGCCUGAGAGUUCAUCUGGUUUAUUACAGAAAAAUAUCAUCUGUUAUUUAUGGUGGCCUGAAAUACAACCACAAUUUAAUACCA